AUGCAUCAGCGGGUUGUACUUACUUGUACCAUCAUCAUCACCCUUUACAAAUAAUCCCCCAAAUUAGAUCCUCGUAGCCCUAUUUCCGAACAUCUUUUCAAAACCCUAGAACCAACCAACCAACAUGUCAGGCGGUUUCUUCCGGGGCACUACGGCUGAUCAAGACACUCGUUUCUCCAACAAGCAUGCUAAGCUCCUUAAAUCGCACAAGUUUCCACCUGAAUUGGAACAUCUGGUGGAUAUGUCGAAAGUCAAGAUGGAUGUCAUGCGGCCAUGGAUAGCUCACAGGGUAACCGAACUUCUUGGAUUUGAGGAUGAAGUUCUCAUCAAUUUCAUUUAUGGGCUUUUAGAAGAGAAGGUAGUUAACGGUAAAGAAAUUCAAAUCUCACUUACUGGAUUUAUGGAGAAAAACACUUCGAAAUUUAUGAAGGAGCUCUGGACCCAUCUUCUUAGCGCUCAGCAGAACGCCAGUGGGGUCCCGCAACAAUUCUUGGAUGCUAAGGAGGAAGAAACUAGGAAGAAGCAGGAGGAUACAGAUCGUAUAACCAGAGAAUUAAAGAGAACAAAAGAGAAGGAAGGCAAGGAUCACGAACAAGAAAGAGGGAAGACGGACAGAGAGGCUGUUGAUGUGAAAGCUGCUAAUUUGGACACCCACUCGAGGAGACGCACAAAGUUUUCUAGCAAGUGGUCAGCUGAUGACAAAGGGACGGAUGAGACGAAUGGAUCAAAAGAAACCGUCAGAGUAUCUCGAUCUCCGCGUCCAGCUGAUCGUUCUAUGUCACCACCCCGAGGUACACGCUCCAGAUCGGUUAGCAAAUCCUUUUCUAAUUCCAGAAGUCAUUCAAGGUCAAGAAGUUUGUCAGCAUCCCCCAAAGCCUCAAGGCGCUCGGUUUCUGUUGAAAGGAGGCCCCACUCUGUUUCAAGACGAUCUUCUACACCUCGCAGAGUGGGGUCACGUCGGCGAUCCCCAUCCCCUGCACCUUUACAUAGACGAUCACCUUCACCUGCAAGGCGUAGGUUGCGAUCUCCAUCUCCUGCACCUUCACAUGGGCGAUCACCAUCACCCGCAAGGCGUAGGUUGCAAUCCCCUGCACGACGCAGAUCACGGUCUCCCGUUUGGCGCAGAUCACGGUCUCCCAUCUAUCGGAGGUCACGGACCCCUAUCCGGAUGCGGUCACGAUCACCUGUUCGAAGGUGGCGGUCCCCUGUCCGAAGGAGGUCACGAUCCCCUGUUCGAAGGAGGUCACGAUCCCCUGUUCGAAGGAGGUCGCGAUCCCCUGUUCGGAGGAGGUCGCGAUCCCCUGUUCGAAGGAGGUCGCGAUCCCCUGUUCGAAGGAGGUCGCGAUCCCCUGUUCAAAGGAGGUCGCGGACCCCCAUACGGCGUAGAUCACGAACCCCGAUCCGGCGAAGGUCACCAUCCCCGUUUCAGCGAAGGUCACAGUCCUCUGCGUCUCCUUACUCUGUGCAUUCUGGAUCUCCACCAGUUCGUGGCAGGUCUCCAUCUCCUAUGAAGCGACGAAAUCAGAGAGCUCCGUCAAUUCCACGUGGUCGGUCUCCUUCUCCAGUUAGACGUAGGACAACCGUCCCUGUGCGCCAGAGAUCCCCAAGCCCUCAAAGCAGGUCUUCUUCACCAUCACGGGGAUCCCUGAAGCGCCAACAGAGAUCACCUGUACAAUCUCCUAGAGAUGAGCACAGAAAUGUUCAAAGAAAUGCUCCUGAUCGUCGUCAAGCUCCACAGAAAGAGGCUGCUGAGCGUCCUAUUUCGGUAAGAUCUGUAGAAAGAGAUCCAAAGGGCAAGAUAAUAUCUCAUAACGGAGAGCCAGUUUUAUCACCCUCACCAUACAAAUCUCCUUCCAGUUCUGUAUCUCCCCCAGCUGCUGCGAGAAGUACUAGUCAGGAGAGGAGAUGGUCUCUUCAAGGGAUGACUGCUCUUGUUACUGGCGGCACCAGAGGAAUUGGACGCGCAAUUGUGGAAGAAUUAGCUGGACAUGGGGCGAUCAUACACACGUGUGCUAGAAAUGAGUCGGAACUGAAUAGCUGUUUGAAGGGUUGGCUGGAUGAGGGUUUGAAGAUCACUGGUUCAGUCUGUGACGUAUCUUCACCGCAUGACCGUGAAAAGUUAAUGGAUGAUGUUUCUUGUGUGUUUGACGGAAAGCUUUAUAUACUUGUAAACAAUGUUGGGACAAAUAUUCGGAAACCUAUGGUGGAUCUAACUGCGGAAGAAUUUUCCACGUUAAUGUCGACGAAUUUUGAAUCUGUUUUUCACAUGUGUCAACUUGCCUAUCCCAUGCUUAAAGCAUCAAGAACAGGCAGCGUUGUGUUCACUUCAUCUGUCUCGGCCUUUGUCUCACUCAAAUCCAUGACACUCCAAGGAGCCACCAAAGGAGCAAUUAAUCAGCUUACAAAAAAUUUGGCUUGUGAAUGGGCAAAAGAUAAUAUCAGAAGCAAUGCUGUGGCUCCUUGGUAUAUCAAAACCUCCAUGGUAGAACAAGUAUUAAGUAACAAAGAGUAUGUUGAAGAGGUUCUUCAUUGCACGCCACUUGGGCGACUCGGGGAUCCAAAUGAGGUAGCGUCACUUGUUGCGUUCCUUUGCAUGCCGGCUUCAUCAUACAUUACUGGGCAGAUUAUAUGUGUUGAUGGCGGGAUGUCUGUGAACGGUUUCUACCCGCGAGAUGGUUAAGUUUUUCUUGGUAAUCCUGUUUUCUAGUUGAUGACUUGUAGUGGUACAAAUUUGUUCAGUCGUUGAUAUUUGGACAUGAGGAUAGCAAUCAUGUCACUUUUGUAACUGAUUUAUCUUCUUUGUUAGAAAACUAAGAUCUAAUAAUUAUGAACAAAAUAUGUAUGUUCAUUU